AUGCCAAACAAUAAUGCUCCCAUCUCUCCGCCGGAUGGUGAUGAAGUCUCAGGAACGACUGCUCUUCCUCUCGCUCGUGUGAAAAAGAUCAUAGCUCAGGAUGACGAUAUUGUUCAGUGUUCUACUACAGCAACAUUUUCAAUAGCCGUGGCAACUGAAAUCUUCAUCCGCUAUCUGACAGAACAAGCGCACAAUGUUGCCAAGUCAGAACGCAAACCUAGGAAGACUAUUGCCUACAAGGACAUUGCCACGGCAGUGUCUAGGAUUGACAAUCUCGAAUUUUUGUCAGAUACUGUACCCAAAACAAAAACUUAUCGGCAGUUCAGAGAGGAAAAGGCACAGGAAGAUGCCGCUAGAGCCGCCGAAACAUUAGGAAACACCAAUACUGCCAAUGGUGAACCAGCUUCGAUAUCGAUUCAGACCAUGAUGAAGAAGCCUCAGGCGAAUGGUUCUAAUGGCAUUAAUGGACAUGGAGUCAUGCCCGGGUCUCCAAUUGCCCACAGAUCAGCACAUCAACGAACUCAUAGUCAUCCCGAUCCGGUCAGGGAUAUUGACAUGACUGGCUAG